AUGAUUGAGGUUGCAUCUGGAACGGAUUGCUCAAAAGCAAAUGGUGGUUAUCUUAUAGCACCAAUUAACACUGAUAUACCAGAAAAGUUUCCGAUGCUUUUUCAAGUGCCACGAUUAAGCGAUCCGAUGAUUUCAUGCAUUGAUUUGGAAAUUGAAAAAGGAUUUCAUCCAGUAAUCCUCGGAUUAGGUGAUAUUAUAAUACCUGGUUAUGGAAUUGGUCUUAUUGUAACAUUUAUCGCUUUAACAUUGAUGGAGACUGCUCAACCUGCUUUAAUUUACUUGAUUCCUUUUACAUUAGGACCAAUUAUUAUACUUGCCCUUAUUCGGAAAGAGUUUAAGCUUCUUUGGACUGGAAAUUUUUCGAAAUCUGAGAAUUCUCAUGUUCCGCGAAAUUCUGCAACAAAUAUAGCUAACAAUGAUCCUAAUUUUGGUAGUAAUGAUGUUGUUCCAUUUACUGUAAUACCAUUACCAACAACUUCGCCUUCUAAUGCAGACAGAAGAGAAAUUUGA